AAAUACUAGUUGCCUCUUUCGCCGGCUCAGUCUCGUCCUAUCGGCAGGAGGGAAGAGAUGAUGGACGACACCGGCGGAGUCCAAAUGGCGAGGGCGCUGAAGCACGCAGCCCUGAGCCUGAUGCUGCUGCCCCGGUUCCUGCUGGCCGCCGUCAUGCUGUGGCUCCUGGAUUUCUUGUGCAUUCGGAAAAAAGUGCUGCUGAAAAUGGGAGAGCGACAGGACAGCUCGGACGACCCGCCGGUGUGCGUCUCCGACUCCAAUAAGAUGUUCACCUUGGAGUCGCUCCGGGCCGUGUGGUACGGCCAGAAACUGGACUUUCUCAAAUCCGCGCACCUUGGCCACGCUGCGCCCAACACCGAGGUGGUGCUGGUCCAGGAGCGCAGGCAGGUCCGGAUCCUGGACUGUAUGAAAGGGAAGAGACCGCUCAUUCUUAACUUUGGCAGCUGCUCCUGACCGCCAUUCAUGACGCGUCUGGCGGCGUUUCAGCGCGUCGUGAGUCAGUACGCGGACAUUGCGGACUUUUUAGUUGUAUAUAUCGAGGAGGCGCAUCCGUCGGACGGCUGGGUGAGCUCGGACGCUCCGUUCCAGAUCCCCAAGCACCGCUGCUUGGAGGACAGACUGAGAGCCGCUCAGCUGAUGCUCAGCGAGGUGCCGGGCAGCAACGUGGUGGUGGAUAAUAUGGACAACUCGUCCAACGCCGCGUACGGAGCCUACUUUGAGAGACUUUACAUCGUGAGGGACGAGAGGGUGGUGUACCAGGGGGGCCGGGGCCCGGAGGGAUAUCGGAUCUCUGAGCUCAGAAACUGGCUGGAGCAAUACAGGAACGAUGUGGUGAAUUCCCAAACAGCGGUGCUCCAUGUGUAGCUGAUGCUGAACCGCCUGCUGCUGCUGCUGCUGCUCAUUCUGCUUAAGUGUCCAACCCACAGUGCAAAAUAUUCCGAUGCUGCUAUCAAAUGUUCACACAUGGCACAUGAUGUUGUUUUUAUUUGUUCCUUUGCGUAAAGACAUUCAGGACUGUUUUGGAAGUCACGUUGAAGCCUGAAGGCUGUUACAUUGUGCUUGUCUUGACCUUAAUUGAUUGCUCACAGCGAUUUGUUUCCUUCAUUUUUUUUUUUUCCUUUUUUGUAUGGAAAAGUGUUGAAUCAGUUGAAGCUGGAUUCAAUUGGUGAUCACUCUAUUUUUCUACAAUACCGGUGUGUGUGUGUGUGUGUGUGUGUGCGUGUGUGUGUGUGUGUGCGUUCAGGCUGAUAUCUCACUCCGGUGUCUCCGUGAAGUUCGGUUUUUAAACGGCGCAACCAGAGAACCGACACUGAUGUUCCUGACACCGGCUGCGGGUCCAUGUUAGCAGGAUGCCUUCCUCUGAUGAUCGAUUGCCAAAACGAUGUAAUGUUGGAAAAAUAAAACAAUGUAAUUGAACAAAUGUUUUUAUGAAUAAAUGUCCGAUCACACAUCGA